CGUUGAAAAACAAAAACACACGAGCUGCCCGCUGGAGAACUCAGAUCGCAGAUCACAAGAGAUGGAUGACUUUGAACAGGAAGGCAUCGACGAGGAGCUCAUUGAGUUUGCAAUUCUUGAGAGUAUUCAAGAUGCCUGCACGCUUCCUCGCUCAGUUCAAAGCAACUGGAAUCAACCCAACAGUGAAGACUUUGUGAAGGUUAUGACAGCCAUCAAUAAAGGUGACGUGGACGCGCUGCAGGAGCUGAGAUGUUGCGCGUCUGCCUUCACAGAGAGCGACAGCAGAGGCCGGCUGCCUCUGCACGCAGCGGCCGCGCAGCCUCUUCCAGAGAUCCUGCACGCAGCGCUGCAAGCGCUGGCAUCCGUGGACCUGACCCUUGAGGAGAAGACGAAGGACGGCGACACGGCUCUGACUCUGGCAGCCGAGGCCGGCCGGGUGGAAAACGUCAGGAUGCUGCUGAGACACGGGGCGUCGCCGCACAACACCAACAGCAGGAACGAAUCUCCUCUGCUGAUCGCAGUGAGACAGAGCUCGUACGACAUGGUUUUAGCCCUCAUCAUGGGUGGGGCCUUUGUGGAGCAGGUGUGUCUCAGGAAGUGGACGGCAACACAUGAAGCUGCGAAGGUGGGUUGUCCAGCAGUUCUGAUGCUGCUGCUUCGACACGGAGCCAAAGUCACGGCCAGGGACGGUCACGGAGUCACACCUCUGGGGGUUGCGGCCGAGCACGGCAACACCGAAGCUUUGGAGAUCCUCAUCCAGAAUGGUGGUGACGUGAACGCCCAGGCCAGCAAUGGAGACACGGUCCUUUAUGAUGCGUCCGGGUCCGGAAACCUGGACUGUGUCCAGCUGCUUUUGAAGAACGGAGCCAACCCAAACGUGGCCAGCUACGCCUGUCAGCUGCCCAUCCACAGAGCUGCCUAUGAAGGCCACAUUCUAGCCCUGAGAACCCUCAUCCCCAUCACCACAAAGAGAGCAAUCCGUCUGUCGGGCCAGAGCCCGGUCCACUCUGCAGCUGAUGGGGGGCAGGCUAACUGCCUCGAGCUCCUCAUCCAGAGAGGCUACGAUAUCAACGCCCAGCUAGAAAAACACAUCUCUGAGAACUACGAUGACAUGAGGAAGACCGCUCUGUUCUUUGCCGUCUCCAACGGGGACGUGACCUGCUCUGAGAUCCUGCUGGCAGCCGGAGCCAGAACCGACCUGGACCCUCUGCGAUGCAUCUUGGUAGCUGUGCGCGCAGAGAGGUACGCUCUGGUGCAGCUGCUGCUGACCUACGGAGCAGAGGUGAACUGUUAUUUCCGUGUCAUCUGCAACACGGUGUUCCCCACGGCCCUCCAGUACUGCCUCAGAGACCACGUCAUGUUACGGCUGCUGCUCAACAGUGGAUACCACGCUCACAAGUGCUUUCAGUGUUGCCAUAAUGACAGCAAGGAUGGCUCCUGGGCUGACCUGCAUAAUCAAGCCUACCGGAUUUACUGCCAACCUGAUGUCAUCUCAUUCUGUGAGUUUGUGUCCGUGUCAUGGCUGACUCACCUGGUAGGCAGCCUGGUAAGGAUUCUGCUGGACUACGUUGGCCACGUUGACAUCUGCUCGGACCUGAAACGCGUCCUGGAGAGGACACCGGAGUGGGAAGAGAUCUCUGCCAUACUCGGUCAGCCACGCUCGCUGCAGCACUUGUGUCGUCUGGUUAUCAGGGGUCAGAUGAGCCUCAGGAGGCUGAAUGACCCCGAGGCCAUGGCUGCAGCUCCGUUCCCUCCCAGACUGAUGAGCUACCUGACGUACAGAGAGUACGACCUGUGCGGUGAACUUUAACCUUCACCCCACCCCUGAAUUUUCCCACAUUUUAAGAUGUUACAACCUCAAGAUUCAAAGUGUUUUACUGGGAUUUUACAUAAAGUGGUGAAGAUUUGUGAAACGAAAAGAAAAUGACGCACGGUUUCCAAAUUUACCUUUGUUUGAUGUGAUCCUUGCUCUUCACGAUAACCACUAAUGUUCUAGCAAAUCUCUGUUUCGUAGAACUGUAGCAUUUGACACAAUUGUGUUGGAAGACAGGAAGUAGCACUUUUGAGCUGGUUUUAGGUGUGGAUAUUUUUUAUAACUAAUCAGAACGUUGUUUUUUAAAGUACUGUCGUAUAAUUUGUGUAAAUUGUUCUUUUUUAAAAUAAAUAUGAUGAAGCUAA